CGGUGCCAUCGCUCGGGUCGCCCAUCCGCCCGAGAGACCACCGAGAGAAUAAGACGGCGGCCCGGCCCCAUCGACACCAUGGCCGCCGCCGUGGGAUCUCCCCUUCGCUCGCCCAUCCUGCUCUUCGUUCGCUGUGCAGAGUAGGUGACGAUAUACCGACCGCCUUCUCCCCUCGCUACAGGGAGGAAGAGCACGUCGUCGAUGACAGCUACGCUCGUUACAUCCAUACCCCUGUCGUCGCCAACAUGAAAGCCGUCUGCGCUGUGUUCGUGGCCGCCCUCGCCGGGCUGGCUCACGGGCUGGCCUCGACGGAUACCAUCACCUGGGGAGGUGACAACACCCGGGCUGGUUACCAGACGAACCACAACAUGGACCCGGCUGUUGUAGGAAGCUCACAGUUUGGACAGCUUUUCAAGACAAAACUUCCCGGCCAGUACAAUGGCAACCCGGAGCAGAUCUUCUCUCAGCCGCUCGUUUACACCCCCAAGAGCGGCACCAAGCAGUACGUCUACUGGGCUACCACGCAGAACAACCUCUACAAGCUCGACGCAAAGACGGGCGAGAUCGUCGCCUCUCGCAACCUACACAUUCCCUUUCUCACGGCUGAUCUCGACGGCUGCGUGGACAUCAACCCCACCGUCGGCGUCACCUCCACUGGUGUCAUUGACCCCGACACCGAGACGCUCUACCUCACGGCAAAGACCUAUCUCAACCAAAACGGCGGCAACGGCGCUCAGGGACGCCCCAAUGGCCGAUACUACGUCCAUGCCAUUGACCUCAACGACCUUUCCGAGAAGCCCGGCUUCCCCAUCGACCUCGAGGGACUCAUCGCGCGUAACAACCCCACCCGUAUGUUCACCGGCGGCAUCCACCACCAGCGCCCGGCUCUUCUGCUCACCGGCGGUUACAUCUACGCCGGCUUUGCGUCGCACUGCGUCCAGUACAACUUCACCGGCUGGAUCGUUGGCUGGGACAAGCAGGGCAAGAUUGUCGAGAAGUGGGCUACCGAGGGCCAAGGCGUGCCUAACACCAUCAAGGGCGGUGGUAUUUGGAUGUCUGGCGGUGGUCUGGCUUCCGACGACGCUGGUUCUAUCUGGGCCGCCACCGGCAACGGCUACGCGUCUCAGUUGGCCAACGUCCCCGUCAAGGGCUACAACCCGCCCACGUCUCUGGAGGAGGCCGCCAUCCACAUGACCCAGAACACGGACGGCAGCUUGAACCUGGUCGACUUCUUCAUGCCGUGGGAAAAACAGGCGCUGGACGGUGCAGACAAGGAUCUCGGCACGAGCCCCUUGGAGAUUCUGCCAUCGGCAUUCUCUUGCGGUGACGCCAGGCGCAUCGGCGUUGUCACGGGCAAGAGCGGCAAGACGUACUGGCUCAACCUCGACAACCUUGGCGGCUACAGAAACGGCGCCGAUGGCCUGGACGACGCCAUCCAGGUCUACCAGAACCCCAACUCGGUCUACGCCGGCGCUGGCGUCUAUCCCCUGGAAGGUGGAUACAUCUACAUCAACGUUAUUCAGUACCCCACGGCCGUCUUCAAAUUUUCGUGCAAUGGCGGCAAGGCUUCUUUCACCAAGGUCGCCGAGUCGCCCGCUGCCAACGCCUACAUCCUCGGCGUCAGCCACGGUACUGUCACGUCGCUCAACGGCCAGCCGGGCACCGGUCUGCUCUGGGUCACGGACGUCCAGGGCCUGAAUCUCAAGAUCUACAAUGCUGUCCCCAAGGAUGACAAGCUGGUCAUGAUCAACUCCUUCAACAUCCCCGGCACGAUGAAGUUCACCCGGCCCGUCUUUGGCGACGGCACCGUCUACGUCGGCACGAACCAGGGCUUCGUCUACGGCUUUGGCUCCCCCGUCAACGUCCCCUUGAACUGCACCUCACCCGUCGACUUCGGCAACGUCGAUAUCGCCAACAGCAGCGCCUCCAAGCCAAUCAGCUGCACGGCCAACAUUGACGUCACCGUCACCGGCAUCGCGCUAGACGACCCCACCAACUUCCAGGUCUCUGGUGUUCCCACGCUGCCGGUCCAGGUCCCCAAGGGUCAGUCGUUUACGUUCAACGGCAUCUUCAAGCCCACCAGCGUCGGCUUCAUCUCCGAUGAUAUCCUCGUCAACACCACCAACAGCAUUGCCGGCUACAGCACAAGCACCCACACGCGUCUCACUGGUACAGGCCAGAGUUCGGGGGCUCUCCUCGGCCUCAGCCCGAACACCAUCACCUUCAAGGGUGUCGUGACGGGAGAUGACCCCAACGGCGUCACAGAGACCCUCGUUGUCUCCAACAGGGGCAACGCCCCCCUGUCCAUCACGCAGGUUCUGUACUCGAGCACGAGCUCGACUGGCCCGUACGCAUCGUGGAGCGGUCAAGGCGACCUAGUCGUUGGCAAGUUCACGUUGAAGCAGAUCCCCACGGCCGUUGCCGCGAACCAGGGCGCUACUGUCAACGUCGUCUUCGACUCCUCGACCAGCGGCACGUAUUCUGGAUUUGUCAAGUUUGUGAGCAACGGCGGCAAUGCGACCGUCUCCAUCGCCGGCUCGUCUGGCCCGGCCGCAAGUGCCCUGCUUGAGUUCCAAACGCCCGACGGCAGUGGUUGGGUCAAGUUUGACAACAGCACUGCCUUCACGUUCGGCAACGUCACGGAGAACACGUCGAGGUCUCUCAAGUUCCGCAUCACCAACACCGCUCCCACGGAUGGCGUCAAGCUCUCCCUGACGGUGUCCAAGCCUCCGUUUGGCGUUCCUGGACUCAUCCGAGCCGCCAACCAGAUUGACCUUGCGGAAGGCACGUCGCUCGCCCCCGGCGAGAGCGGCAACGCGACCCUCACCUGCACCGUGCCCAAGUCACAGUGGAACGUCGACCCAUACAACGGAACGGCGCAGUGGACGCUCAACACCAACGACCCCAAGCUGGGAAAGCAGUUCAUCCAGUUCUUCUGCAACGCCGUUGCCGAGCAGGCGGCCCCUCUGCUGCCCAAUGGGCAGGGGCAGUACCGCUACGUGGGCUGCUUCCAGGACAACACCCCCGGCCGCCAACUGCCAAACCAGCUCUUUGCCAACGACAGCCUCACUAAUGCCCAGUGUAUCACCGCUUGCAACGGCAAGGGCAAUGUUUUCUGCGGUACCCAGUACCAUCGUGAAUGUUGGGGCGGCAACACCAUCCCGCUCAACAAGGUGGACGACGUAAACUGCAACUUUUACUGCUCUGGUGAUGUCCAGCAGACGUGUGGUGGUAACGGCGCGAACGAACUGUCGGGCAAUACCUUCAUGUCACUUUUCGCCGACUCUCUACAAUGGGAUGGAAACUCUACCAAGCCUCCCACCUCGGGUCCCAUUGUCAACCCUGGCGUCUCCGGCUACGGCAGCAUCGGCUGCUACACUGAAGGCACCAAUGGCCGUGCGCUCCCCAACGGCGCAGCCGUCGCUAAGAAGACGGUCGCGAACUGCGUCAAUGCCUGCAAGGUCAACUCGUACACGUACGCCGGCGUGGAGUACGGCGGCGAGUGUUGGUGCGGCAAUGCCCUCGGCGCAGGCUCGGUCCCUGCGCCGGACAAGGACUGCGGCAUGCUGUGCAAUGACAACUCGACUGAGUACUGUGGUGGCUCGUCUCGACUGAACGUCUACAAGCUCGGCAGCCAGGUUUCCAGCUCGUCGUCAUCGGCCCCCGCCACCUCGUCUACUCCCGCGACGGACUCCACCACGGUAACGACUCCCACAACUCCCACCACCUCGGCGACGCCGACUCCCACGGGUCCUUCAAGGAAACAGACCGUUGGCAAGUUUACUCGUCAGGGAUGCUGGACCGAGACCAACAACGGUCGGGCCCUCUCUGACAAGACAUUCGCCGCCGAUACGAUGACGUUGGAAUCGUGCGCCUCGUUCUGCGACGCCUUCACUUACUUUGGUGUCGAGUACGGCCGAGAAUGCUACUGCGGCAAUGCCCUACGCGCAGGCAGCGUGAAGGCUGACAACCAGGACGACUGCUACUUCCCUUGCCCUGGCGACAAGAGCGAAUACUGCGGUGCUGGAAGCAGGCUCGAGUUGUACAUGCUCCCCUCGUCUAACCAGACUUCGUCCACCUCGUCUGCUUCACUAGUAGACACGGCCCUGUCGGCAACAUCCACGGCUCCCGCCAAUAUCAGCAGCAGCAGCCCGGCAACGCUCACAACCACUACCAGCACAAGCACCAGCAGCUCGGCUACUCCGACACCAACCGGCCCUGCCAUCAAGCCCACCGUCGGCGCAUUUGCCUUCCAGGGUUGCUGGACUGAGGCGACCAAUUCCCGCGCGUUGAAGGACAAGACAUACGCCAACGACGCCAUGACCCUUGAGUCCUGCUCCGCGUUCUGCAUCGGCUUUACGUACUUUGGUGUCGAGUAUGGACGCGAGUGCUACUGCGGCAACGCUCUGCAAGCUGGGAGCGUCAAGGCCACGAACCAGGGCGACUGCUCGUUCCUCUGUCCCGGUGACAAGUCCACGUACUGUGGCGCGGGCAACAGGCUGCAACUGUACAUGCUUGCGCCUGUGUCGUCGAGUUCGACGUCUGCUGCAGCCGUCAACACGACCAGUGCGUCGGCCGCGCCAGCCUCUAGUUCUUCUAGUUCAGCGGCGCCCACCACUCUGACAAGUUCAGAUUCCUCUACUCUGGCGCCGACCACUGCCACAACGUCGGUCUCCACGAACAGCACGAGCUCCAGCACUCCUACCACCUCGACGACCUCGUCCUCUCAGACGCCUACCACAAGUACGUCUUCGAGUGCCGCAGACAGCACAAGCUCUACGAGCAGCACGAGCUCCAGCGCUGCUGCCACGUCAACGUCCUCGUCCUCUUCGGCUCAAACAUCGACCACGACUACGUCUUCAAGUUCUACGAGCAGCACAAGCCUCAGUACCACAACCUCUACCUCCACCUCCACAACGUCAGCAUCGCCCACGCCUACCGGACCCAUUGUGUGGCCGGGCAAUGCCAACUUUACGUACUACUCUUGCGUUCAGGAGCCGUCUUCAGGCAAGCUCAUGGAGAAGCAAGUGUACAACAACGGCACCAGCAUGACCAUCGACCUGUGCCUGCAGAAGUGCUACAUGUACAAGUGGGCGGGUGUCGAAUAUGGUCGCGAAUGUUGGUGCGGCAACAAGCUCAACCUGGCUGGCAACACGGGUGCCACACCCGGCAAGAAUGUCACAAACUCGCAGUGCAGCUUGCUCUGCCCGGGUGACAAAAAGGUAUACUGUGGUGCGGGCGGCAGACUGCAGCUGUAUUCGAACAACGCCACGACCACAUGAGAGAUUGGCAUAAAUAAAGCACUGCAGGGGGUCGCAGCGACUCACGGCUGCACGUGAAUAUGGUUUCUUUGGUACAUAUGCUAUUGGCGCAUCGGGAUAUAAGAUGAAAAUAUCGGACAUACGUGACAUAAAUUACACGUCUAUUAGAGAACAGAUCAUAUGUCGCAAACAUUAACUAGUAAUCAACUUUCAGCGGGCAGCUUUGGCCUCUCG